CGCCGCCAACCAAAACCCUCAAGAAAUCCCCUCUUAACACCCCAUCUCACCGAUUCACAUCCACAGCUCGCUCGCUCGCUCUCUCUGUCCCUCCCCCCUCCUUCCGUCCUCCCAAGAAGGCCGUUCUUCCAAGAAAGUCGGUCUUCCAAAAAGGUGUAGAUAGUUGGAACUUGAUGGGCCCUCCAAUAUUGGCUGUCGAUACUAGAAGUUCUGCAGUUUCAUCAGAUGCAUCCUCAAGUAAGUUCCAUCACCCUAUAAUGGAGACACCAAAGCCCUUUUCAUCAGUUACCGUGGGAGGAGAAAAGCCAUUGAAUUUUCUUCGCGUAUUCUGUGAGGGUAUUAUAGCUGGAGGUACUGCUGGUGUUGUUGUCGAAACAGUUUUAUAUCCAAUUGAUACGAUAAAGACUCGGCUUCAGGCUGCUCAUGGUGGAAGCAAAAUUCAUUGGAAAGGUCUUUAUUCAGGAUUGGCAGGCAAUCUUGCUGGGGUGUUACCAGCAUCUGCUGUAUUUGUGGGUAUAUAUGAACCUACUAAGCGAAAAUUACUAGAGGUUUUUCCUGCAAAUCUUAGCGCUUUUGCUCAUCUGACUGCAGGUGCCAUUGGAGGAGCUGCUUCUUCACUUAUUCGUGUUCCUACAGAGGUAGUCAAACAAAGGAUGCAGACUGGGCAGUUUGCCUCUGCACCUGAUGCUGUUCGUCUUAUCAUUGCUAAAGAAGGUUUUAGAGGUCUUUAUGCUGGAUACAGUUCCUUUCUGUUGCGAGAUCUACCAUUUGAUGCCAUCCAAUUUUGUAUAUAUGAGCAGCUUCGAAUUGGAUAUAAGAUUGCGGCAAGGAGAGAGUUAAAUGAUCCAGAGAAUGCUGUAAUUGGUGCCUUUGCUGGUGCAAUAACUGGAGCUGUAACUACGCCGCUUGAUGUAAUGAAGACAAGAUUGAUGGUUCAGGGCUCGGCAAACCAAUACAAUGGGCUGCUUAAUUGUGCUCAGACUAUUAUCAGAGAAGAAGGUCCAGCUGCUUUCUUGAAGGGUAUUGGACCAAGAGUUUUAUGGAUUGGUAUUGGCGGUUCAAUUUUCUUCAGUGUUCUAGAGAGGACAAAGCGGCUAGCCUCCCAGUGGGGUUCCACUGAGGAUACAAAAUCUGAUCCAUCAAAACAGCAGUGAUGCCAAAAAAGGAUGUCCUUAGCCACAACCACGGUAUUGGAUGAUGCGGGUUUUCUUCCCUUUGGAGAUGAUUUACUGUUUCAGCGGCAGGGGAUGUUAUGUGACAAAAUUGUUAUUUAAACAAUUCAAUUAGGAAUAAAAAUAGGCCAUCAGUCAUAUUGUUUUCUUCUAUAACUGUAGUCACAAUCAGAUCUGAAGCCUAUAUUUGCAAUUGAAACUCUAUAAGUCCAAGACUUCCCUGAGCAAAACUUAUUUGCAACUGAAGAUGGUGACCAUUAUAUUAUUAGUCCAGUUUUGUUGGUAAAUGGAGCAAAGGGUGUUCUGCUCAAGUAGGGUUAUGGAUUACACAUUUGCUCUCAUUUUGGCACGUGCUGACAAACGCACAUGUUUGAACUGUAUUUGUUAUUUGCUGACUGUGAGGAUGUGUUUCUCUGUUGCUCUCUAGGUUUCCCUGUGAAUGUAAUUGUCUUGUUUAUAUCUGAGACCACUGCAUAAA